GAGUUGAAAAGGGCAAGAUGGAUAAGGAAUAGAUGAGAUGAGGGUGUUGUGAGAUGGGGCUCAAAUAGAAAAAAUUCUAGGAGGAAAGGGGUGGGGUGAAGUACAACUUGGGAAGCCCAGCUGGGUAACUUUCUGAGCAUAACUGGCCUAGUUCUGACUUGAGUUUAGAAGUGGAGAAGAAUGGGAGGGGGGAAACUAGGAGGCAACUUUUCAGAGGAGGGUUUAACUCUUGUCUAGGUCACAGCUUUAGCAUCUCAGCUUCAUGUCUUUUUGACACCAUCAACUAUAAGGUUCCCCUCCUCUACAAAAGCACUUGAAGGCUAGAGCUGAUAGACUUCCAGCCUGUAGAGCUACCCUUAGUUAACCAUGAAGAUUCUGUGAGGGCCUAGAGAGAUCUCCAUCUUCAGCUCCAGAGUUUCUGGUUUCUGUUCAAGGACAAAUGGCACAGCAUAUCUUCCAAGAUCAAGAGCAAAGGACAUCUGGGCAGAAUAGAAAAUCCACUGAUGACACAAUGAGACCAAAGGAAAUACAGCUAACAAUCACUGAAGCUCUUUGGGACCAAGUACGAAUGGCUUUUAGGGAUAUACAAAAGGAGCUGCAGGAAGAUGCUCGGAUUCGAGGGAUGAGCAACUUCUCCAUGACACCCAGGUCAUCUACAGCUAGGACUGGAAGUGUCGGGCCUCCAAAUUCUGGGAUGACCCUAAAUUUGAGAAGCACUGGAGAGCUGCCAUCAAGGGUCCACCCCCACAACCUAAGAAGAUAGUUCUCUGAUAGAUCAGCUUGCUACCCUGGACCCUAACCCUACAAUCAAGAGAGGAAAGCCUCUUCUGCUUCUGCCAGGGCACAGCUUUAGUUACCUGAAGAAGAGAAGUCAUUAGCAGACAUCACCACUGCCCAGAAGUAAAAGUGAUACUCAUGGGCAGAGACUCCAGGAUCUAUGGCUGCACCUGGGAACUUGGAAAUCAAAUGAAACCCAAGCACAUCACAAUCACCAAGCAAAGAAACCAGCAAACAACUGAUAAAAUAAAUGUGAUACAAAAGACAA